CGACCCAUUACACUAUCCACGACUUUAAAACGCUGCUCUAACCUCAAGUGCUGUUGGUAACCCGUAACAAUAUAAAACAGUACAUUGAUGCAGGUAACAGUUUUACAGUAGAUUGUCCACAGACGAACACGUGUUCAUAAAUGCCAUUCAACUGCUCUCAAUUUUAAAUCCAUUUUCUCUUCAUACGUCGAAUGCGCCUCUUCUUCAUGAUCUCUUUCUUUUUGGUUGAAAUAUCACACGAUUUAUCCUACACCAAAUGCAGACAGGGAAAAGAGUCAACACUGUUUACCUUAAAGACGAAAGCUUUGUGAAUCUUUAAGUGUUCUUUCAGGCAAAUAAUCUUUGCACACCUUUUCAUAGUUUUCAAUUUGACUGAUUUCACUACUCUCUGUACCAAAUCAUUCAGUUGUUUCUCAUUUGUAGAAAAAUGCCUAGAUCAAGAGCCACAGAUUUGCCUCAACGCCCUUCUCCCCGUGUGGGCCCGCCUAGCCUCAGGACAUCGAGCUCCGAUUCUGAUUCAUUAAAUCACCAUUCUCGCCCGAGAACCGAUAAAAGCCCGAAACUAUCCAACCCAGUCAACCAAAAGAAACUCGGUAGCCGAAUAGCCGAACUCGAAUCUCAACUCGGUCAAGCUCAGGACCAGCUCAAAUGCCUCAAAAAUCAGUUGGCCAAGAAACAGCCGAGAAAAUCUCCCGAGCCCAUCGAAAUUCAAGAACCGAUCGACGAGUGCACUGACACGUCAUCAUCUGUCGAACCGAAAACCGAUCAAGAAAAUGAACUAACAAUGCUGAAGGCCAAGUUGGACGAGAGGGACAAAGAACUCGAAACCCUUCGUCAAGAAAACAAGAACGCGAAGAAACAGGUCGACGAGAAGCUGGUCAAGAUAUCGUUGACCGAGUCCGAAAUCGAGGAAUUGAGUAUGAAGGUGAAGAAAAUCGAGCAAGAGUUGGAAAAGAGUAAAAUUGGAGCGGCCCACAUAGCGGAGAAGCUUGAGGCUGCGGAGAAAGGUAAGGAGGAGCUCAAGGACGAGAUGAAGAGGCUGCGUGUGCAGACCGAACAAUGGAGGAAAGCUGCUGAUGCUGCAGCUAAUAUUUUGGCUGGCGAGAGUUUUGAAAUGGAGGGUAGAAUGGAUAAGAAGAACUAUGGAAUUAUGUUCGAGAGGGCUAAUAAUGGUGGUGUGGGAAGAUAUGGAGGUUUUGUGGGGUCACCGGGAGUUUGUGAUGACUCGGAUGAUGGUUUUGGAGGUGGGAAGAGGAAAGGCUCGUCGGGUAUUAGGAUGUUUGUGGGUGAUUUUUGGAAAAAGAAAGGACAUAGAUAAGAGUGUUUUUGUUUGUAGUCUUAGGGUUCGAUGGUGUGUCGGAUGGGAUCGUUGUUCGGUUGUUAAGAGUAAAUGGCGAGGAAGCCGUUUUUGGGUGAUGUUUGGAAUGUGGUGUGUUUGUUCUAUUGGUAUGUUGUAGUAAGGAGGUAGCCUAGAUUAGACAUGUUUGGAUAUCUUGUGCUCCUUUAAUGUUGUGAUGUUUGAAGUUGUCAUUUUUUUUCAAUUUUAUGGGGGCAUUUUGCAUUGCAUGGGAUGAACUUGUGAGUUUUGAAGAUGAUGAAGCUACUAGUUGUGAUGAUUGAAGUUAGC